UCCCAAGAGACAUCGACGACUUUAAUAGACGUCCAACAGAUCUUGAAUGCCUUGCCGUUAUCCCUGGACUGUCCACCUCAGACCCUCAAGGCCCUCCCAGAGGCUGCCUACGGGCUCCCUGGCUGGCGUACCCACUGAAGAAACCCCCCCAGUAACACCAGCCUACGAGGACUCAAGGGGAGGGGAGCAGGAAUCCACCAGAGGCCGGUACUAGUGCUGGUUCGUUUCCGCAGGCUCUCUCCAUCGCACCCUCGAGGCUUCUCCGUACCCUCGAAGCGUCGAUGAGCGAGCAUCUCGGCCAGCCAGAGUCUCUCUGGGUACCUUGCAUCUUACAAGAGCAAGCGCCGCCUGCCUCUUCGCCAGUCGCUUCUCUGACUCAGGCUUCCUGCGCUCGACGGAGACCGAUGCGGUUCUUCCAACCCUCUUUCUUUUACUACUUCGUAGCAGGCCCUGCGCCCGGGCUGAUCAAAGAUUCCCUCAGAACUACAGUCAUGGCACCCGCCGUGCUUCUGUGUUUCUACAGGCGACGGCCUGACGAGAAGGGGGCCCCUUCGCCUCUUACAAACGAGCCCGUCGGCGUAGGGUAGUUUUAACGGUGUCAUGUCCUAUCAGCGAGCGUGGACAUUAUUCCGGACAAAUCCAAUUGCCACGUCAACGGUAGGAUCCAUAAAGAAUCCGUCUGCCGGCUUGUCUGUCGUACAAGAUCCAACUAAACCAUGGACUUGGAGUGGAGCGAAACUUGCAAUCUUUUUAUCAUGAUAUGCUGGAAUCUUUGCGCGCGUAGAACAAACACAUGGAGGGACAACAAAGAGGUGGCAAAAAUACAUUUGGGAAACAUAGUAAGAUACUAUUAAUCGGCAAGUAAAGUUGGAUGGGAUAUCUAUCAUACAUUGACAAUACCGUGCGAAAGACCGGCGAGAAGAGAUGGAAAAAAAUUAAGAGGGUAUCGAGGACCUCAUACACAUGUACUAGCCAGCCACAGACACAGAACGCUUUCAUCAGUCUCGUAAUGCAUGUAGGCGAUGCCCUUGAUGGAUGAGAGAGAGCAAUCAAGAUUGCAACCCCUCUGUCAUCAACACAAUCUUGUAAACACCGAUUCUUUAGUCUUCCCC